AUGAAUCAACCACCACCACAGGGCCGUGGUCAGCCACGGCUGGGGGCUACAUGGUAUCCAGGGGGUCAAGAUGACUUUUACAUGCCUGAAGUCAUCUCCCCCUCCCCCCAAAGGGUUAUGCCCGAAGUCCCGGAGAAUAUGCAGGACAAUAUCGCUCAUCUGGAACAUGAGGCCCGCACCCCCCAUCGCGUCCAGCAAGGCCCCGUUCAGUAUGAUCGCUCGCAUUUCCCCGAGCGAACUUCUUCGGUGUCUGUAGUUCAGAGUCAACCUCUUCACUCCGGCUACGAAGCUACUCACUACGAACAGUCCGCUGCCGUGUACGACGACGCCAUGGACUCUCCCAACUUCUCGCCCUUCCCUGUCUUACGGAACCCGCCCCCAAAUGUCCCUCCUACUGAUCAACAACGAGAGGCGAAUUUGGAGAAGGCGCGUCUGCCGGUCUUGUCCUCCAACGACCCGGAGAUGCAGCUCGCCUGGGCUCAGGAUACCCUCGCGUACGUCGAGGUGGCCAUGCAGAAUGAGGCUCGUUUGUCCUUGAUCCAACCCCCGCGCCCGCAGACUCCUCGGGUCGAGCGGCAGCUGAGAAAUGAUGCGAUGAACGUCGUGAACUUCCUGGCCGACCAGUACCACCCCAAGGCUGAAUUCAUCAAGGGUAUGUGGUUGGAAUUUGGCAAGUUCGGAUACCGGGUGGAUAAGAAGGGGGCCUUCCGCGCUUAUUCGAGAGCUGCGGAGAAGGGCUAUGCAAGGGCGGAAUAUCGCAUCGGCAUGCAGUUUGAAAGCUCUGGGGAGCCGGACAAGGCCAUCAGACACUAUGAAAAGGGGGUUGCUCUGGCAGAUUCCGCGUCCUAUUAUCGCUUGGGUAUGAUGAUUCUCCUUGGUCAGCAUGGCCAGCGCCAGGAUUAUCGGACCGGUCUCGAAUAUAUCAGUCUCGCGGCGCAAUCCUGCGAUGAAAAUGCGCCCCAAGGAGCUUACGUUUACGGCAUGCUUCUGGCACGCGAACUCCCCCAAGUCAGUGUCCCCGAAAGCUAUCUCCCUCUCGAUCUCAACGCCGCUCGCGUGAACAUUGAAAAAGCCGCGUAUCACGGGUUCGCCAAGGCACAGGUUAAGAUGGGGGCGGCAUAUGAGCUGUGCCAGCUUGGCUGUGACUUCAAUCCCGCGCUGUCCCUGCAUUACAAUGCGCUUGCGGCACGUCAGGGCGAGCCCGAGGCCGAGAUGGCUAUCAGUAAAUGGUUCCUUUGCGGCCACGAAGGAGUCUUCGAGAAGAAUGACGAAUUCGCCUUCAUUUACGCGCAGCGCGCCGCCCAGAGUGGGUUCCCUACGGCCGAGUUCGCCCUGGGAUACUUCUACGAAGUCGGAAUCUUUGUCCCAACCGACAUCAAAGAGGCCAAGAGCUGGUACGCGAAAGCAGCCGCCAGCGGAAAUAAGGAUGCCACGAGCCGAAUCGACAGCAUCUCCCGUUCAAAGACGCUAUCCCGCAGAGACCACGAGCAGGUGGCGAUUGCACGGAUCAAGUCCCGGUAUGGAUCCCACCAAGGAGGCGAACCCGACGCAAUGUCACCCGUUCAAGAGAACCUGGAGAUGCCGGACCCCUCGAGGAUCAGCCUCUCAGACAACCCCCAAUCGGCCGCUCCAUACCCUGACCGACAACCAAUGCCCCACGGCCGGCCUGGGUACCCCCCGUCGGGUUACGGAAUGCCCGAGCAUCGUCCCAGCUCGGCCUUUGGCAUUAAUCCGAACAUUCGCUCUGAUGCCCCUCAAUACAACCGUGCGGCGUCUUAUGGACCCGGACAGAUGGGUUACCGUCCCGGCCCAGGAGGUCCUCCGGGAGGUCCUCCCGGCGGGCCCCCAACCAGCGGUCCACCACACUCCGCACCAGGCACGCCCAAACUCGACAUUGGAUACUCUGCGCCUCUUGACCCCCAGAAGGACAUGCGGAGACGCCCCCAGCGCCUUGAAAAUGUUCCAGACCGAAAGCCCGCCCGCACCCCGGUUGGCGGCCAUCCUCAUGGCAGCGGCGGCGGCGGCCCGGUGGGCUCCCCCCGACAUUCCCCUCAGUCAGCCAAUUUCCCCCCGCGCAGUGAAUCUAUUCCAUCUUCCAGUGCAUCGUCGACGACCCCGAAACCCUCUGCACCCUCCACGGCGCCUGCUGCGGCUCAGAAGCCCGCCGCUGCCGCGAAGCCCGGCUUACCAGGCAAGGGUCCUAAGACCUUUGAGGAGAUGGGAGUUCCAGCUGCCCAGAAGGACAGUGAUUGCAUUGUCAUGUGA